GUUUCUGCUGUGUGUUGAAAUCGCCUUUGUUAAAUCUAGGGCUUGGUUUCUCUCAGAUUCUUCAGCUUUGAAAAAAAAAAUUUUAAUCUUCUUUACACUUUCAUCUUCGAUCUUCCUUUACCUCUAACUUUUCUCUUUCGUUUCAUCUCUCCUUCUCAGAUCUUGUCUUGAAUCGUUGACCCUAAAUCUGGGUCCGGCUCAAAAUCCGACCUUUCUCCGGCGAGAAGCUCUAAAACUAAGAAUUUAUAGAAAAGAAAAAAAACGGUUGAAUAUUUGUUGAGUGCUUGGUUGUGAGGUAUGACGCUGACCCAAUUUGUUGGGCUCUGAAGUAGUAUGGAACUGAUUUUCACACCAAAACAAGACUAACAUGACACUUUACAUUCGUCGUGAAUCUUCCAAGCUAUGGAAGAGGUUUUGCUCUGAGAUAGCGACGGAGAUUGGUCUUCUCGUUGAGAACUGGAAGUACCUUCUUGCUGGUCUUAUCCUUCAGUACAUUCAUGGUUUAGCUGCUAAAGGAGUACAUUAUAUUCAUCGCCCUGGACCUACUCUCCAGGAUCUUGGCUUCUUUCUUCUUCCGGAGCUUGGUCAAGAGAGAAGCUACAUAAGUGAGACCGUGUUCACCACUGUAUUUCUUUCUUUCUUCCUGUGGACUUUCCAUCCAUUCAUCUUGAAAAGCAAAAAGAUAUACACCGUUUUGAUAUGGUGUAGAGUUCUAGCAUUUUUAGUUGCUUGUCAGUUUCUCCGUGUUAUAACUUUCUAUUCGACUCAGCUUCCUGGCCCAAACUAUCACUGUCGCGAGGGAUCUAAAGUUUCCACGUUGCCAUGGCCCAAAAGCGCUCUUGAAGUUCUCGAGAUUAACCCUCAUGGGGUGAUGUACGGAUGUGGAGACCUGAUUUUCUCAUCGCACAUGAUAUUCACGCUGGUCUUUGUCCUCACUUACCAGAAGUACGGCACUAAAAGGUUCAUAAAGUUGUUUGGGUGGCUCACUGCUUUCGUGCAGAGCCUCCUGAUCAUUGCCUCCCGCAAACAUUACACUGUCGAUGUCGUUGUUGCCUGGUACACCGUUAACUUGGUGGUCUUCUGUCUAGACAAGAAGUUACCAGAAUUACCAGACCGGACUACGGUGUUGCUCCCUGUAGUCUCGAAAGUAGAGAACCACAAGCUGUUGAAUGGGAACGGUGUUGAUCCUGCUGACUGGAGACCGAGGACUCAAGUGAACGGGAAGAUAGAUAGCAACGGAGUUCACACGGAUAACUUAAUGAAUGGCGCAUGAAACUCAGCACCAGACAAGAUCUAUAUAUGAAAACAGCUAAUCAAUGGAAGUCAUGAAGACGACCAAUUGGUCUUUUGAUUACUCGAAUAUGAACUUGAGUUCUGUAAGUGAGGGUAAAUAUUUGUUUAUGGUCUUCCAGAAAAGAACACUCUAUAGAGAGAAGAUAAUUAACAUAGCUUUUUAGUUUAUCUAAUAUCUAUCUAAUCUAACACUAUUAAAAACUUUUAAUAAAACUUUCUGAAGCUGUCCACGU